AUGGUAGCAGCCGGGCCGGAGUCGGAGAUGCAGGCGGACUUGGCGGCGCAGCGGGCGGCUUGCGAGCGGCAGAUCGCCGCCGUCCGGGACCCCUCCGCCUGGGCGGCCUUCCGCGCCGGCCUACACUCCGCCCGCUCCGGCGUCCACCAAACUUUCUCCCGCAAAGGCACGCCCCCAUCCUCCCUCCCUCUGUCCCCUUUCCAACCGGCGCCGCCGAAUGCGGGCGAUUUCCGCUCGCCGAAUGAAAUUCUGCAAAUUUGCGGCUUUUCCCCUCUGAAUCUGAUUGGUGAGGUUUCUUCUCCGUGUCGCAUCGCAGGGGACCUCGCCGGGCUCCAGAGGCAGCUCCGCGACCUGGAGGCUGACCUAGCGCAAACCCUGUCCCUUAAAAUCGCCAAGGAGAGGAAACGCGAGCGCAUUAGGGAGUCGAUCUCGGCCUCGGCUGCCGCAGGCGAGCAGCUCAGGAACACGGUCGCCGACCAGAGGAACAGAGGAGUCCAGCAUGCCGCGGUCGUAUCGCGUGCGCUCCAGGCUGUCGAGGCUCUCGAAACGAAGAACAGUGAAGACGGACAGUGGAGGGAAGAUAUAGACAAAGCUGUUUCAUGGUACCAGCAGUUUGCCGGCUUCCAGGUCGUCGAGGAAGUACAAGGUGUGAGAUUCAUCUUUGACAAAGUUGACUCGCAAGCUCCCGAGAAGGAGUUCUCGAUGGUCUUAAACUUUGACAAAGACUCCGAGGAACUGCUCAAGGAUUUGAACCUCGCUAACGAUCUACCCAAAUUCGUAAGAAUCACCCGAGAAAGGAUCCAGGCUGCUUCGAUGAACGGGACUCUUCCUGUAAGCACAACUGUUUGUCCAGAUGCUUCCCCUCUACCAAUCUCAUCUCCGCCAAUGAUGUCAGUUGAUUCUAGUAGCAGAAAUGAUGCUGAUCAAAGCCACUCCCAAAGUAAGAACAAGAAGAAGGCUCUUCCUGCUAAGAGAAGAGCUUCUGCCUUGUCGGCAGCAUCUCCUGGCUCUGUGCGUCGCUCCCACGCUUUCCGGGAAACAUGUGAGUCCUCAGAGGAAGCAGAUCCUGACCCUGGAACACUAAGCCCUGACUGAUGACUGCGUCUCCUGCUCUUGCUGCCCUGUGUAAACACGAUCAUAUAUUGUCCAGUCCCCUUUAACUAACGCAAAUGACUGGCUUGGAGAAAUAUGCAGAUUUCUUUUGUUGUCAUAGUCGAUUGUUUCGAACAAACAUUUGUUAAGUUUGUUGUUGCGUUGUGAUCGUAAAACUUUGGGCAUGCAUGAAUGUUGAUGUACUUCUGUAUGUGGUU